AUGGAUGAUAUUCAAGAAGAUGAUUUCUUUCAAACUCAAUUGAAUGCACAUAAACAAAAUCUGGCACACAUAGAACAACUCACUGUACAUUGCAAGGAUGAAAACAGAACAUUAUUUGUUGAAAAGAGACAAAUUCACGAUGAAAAAACAAAACUUGCUAACGAAAGUACUACUAUAUUGAAUGAAAACGAACCACUCUUCCAAAAAUUUAAGGAACAUGCGGAAGAACUCACACAAUUGGAAAAAGAAAGAAUUGAAUUAUGUAAGCAACAGUAUGAAGCAACUGAAGACAUCGGCGUUCAUGAAAAUAAUCUGGAAAAAUAUGAAAUACAAAUUGAAAAUUAUAAAAACGAACAAGCCUCGUUUGCUGAAAUGAAUAAUCACUUAAAACUGGAAGAAAAACAAUUGCAAGAUCAAAUUAUUGAAAUGAAAGAACUUAAAAAUGAAAAUGUUCAAAUAGAAAAUAAUUUACAAUUAUCACUAAAAGAAUUAGAACAGCAAGUCAAUCAAAUUAAUGAUCAAAUCAAAGAACAGGAAAAACUAGUUGCCGAAGAAAAUAAAAGACGUCAAGAAUAUGAAUUAAAAGUAGAACAAUUACGGGGAAGUAUCUACGAGAUUACCGAACAAAUCAAUGCAUUAAAUGUUGAACUUGAUCGUUUAAGAGAUCAAGAACAAACGUUAACAAGUGAACAACAAGAUUUAAAAAGACAAGAAGAUCAACUAAAACAAAUGAUUGAUGAAUUAAAACGUGCUCUUGAUGAGAAAGUAGCUGGGAUCAAUCGUCUUCAAAAAGAAGCAGUAGUUUUUCAACAAAAUAUUGAACGACUUGAAAAAGAACUCAUUAAAAUGCGAGAUGCGAUAAAAGAACUUACAGAACAAUGUCAACAGCUACAACGAGAAUUAGUUGAAGCGGAACAACGACGAACUGAACUUGAAGCAAAUCGAAAGCAAAUCGAAUUAGAAAAACGCGAUUUAGAUCGUAUAUUUAUGGAGAUGGAAGAUCAACUUGCUGAAGUUAAUAAUGAACUUCGAGCACUUCAAGAAAAACUUCGAACUUCGGAAGAACUUAUUAGACGAGCUCAGGAUAAAGUAUCACAACUGGAACGAUCUCAAGCACAGUUUACGAAUGAAUUGAAUUUUUUUCAAGUUGAACAAGAUAAAUUGGAAGCAGAACUGAAUCAAUUAGUUACUGAAUGUAACGAUUUACAAGAACAACGAGAUGAUGCACAACAGAAACAUCAAACAGCUAUUAGUGAACACACUGAUGCAACACAAGAAUUAUCUCAACUUAAACAACAAGAAAGAGAAGCUCAAAAUCAGCAUGAUCGAGCUGUAGCCGAAGAACAAAGUACGAAAACACAAUUAGCCUCUGCUGAAAGUGAACUUCGUCAAGCUCAAGAACAAUUACGUGUUGCCGAGUCUCGACUUCAGAGUUCAGAAAUGUUAAGUUUCUUUGGAACACUAAUUUCGGUAGCUGCAACACUGUAUACCAAAAUACCUGUUCCAGGCUUAGGUGGUAAUCAAAGUUCAGCAGAAAAUGCGAUACAACAAGCACGAGAGAAAGUUAAUCAGAAAGAAACUGCAUGCAAUACUGCUCGACAGCAACACAAUAGAGCAAAAGCAGAUUUACAAACAUCCAAAUCAAAAUAUCAAAAUUUGACCAACGAUCGAAUACACCAAGAAAAUAUUGUUAGAGAAAAAUCUUCAGCUGUUUCAAAAUGUAAAAGUGAAUAUGAUUCAGUUCAGAAUGCUCUUCGCAAUACUAAUCGUAAACAUGCUCAAACAGAAAACAAACUUAAGAUUACACAAAAUAAACUAAAUCGUUCUCAAAACCAACUAGCGAGUACUACUAGUGAUCUUCAGCGAAACCAAAAUGAACUCACACAAUAUCGUCAACAACGAGCAGAUUUAAAAUCAAAUGUUGAAAAUGUAAAAACAAAAAUUCAACGACAUGAACGUAGUAUGGAAGAUCAUCGAAUUAAACAACGGGAUAAACAAAAUGACGUCGAGGCGAUCAUAAUAGAACAUCAUAAACAGACAAAUAUAGUUCAACGACUUAAACAGCAAAAUGAGAAUAUAAAACAGAAACUUCUUGAAAAAACAAAUGCUGAAAAGAUGACAGGAAGAGAAUUAGAAAAUCAACGAAUAUUAUUACAAGCAGUUGAAAAGAACGAAACACAGUUGAAGCAAGAUAUGGAAAUAAAAGCAGAACUUCUUACCAAAGUAGGACUUGAACUAAAAGCUAAAACUGAACAAGUUAAAGCAGUAUCGGAGCAAAUAAUAAAUGUUGUUAGUAAAACAUCAACACUUGAAGAACGUCAAAAACAGACUCAGCGACAAUUAAAUGAGUAUGAAACUGCUCAACAAGUUGCUCGUAUUCACGUACAGUCUCAAAUUGCUAAAGUUCAAGAACUUAUUCAAAAACGUGAUAUGUAUGAGACCCAUUAUACAAUAUUAAAGGCUGAUGUUGAACAGGUGGAAUCAAAACUUCAAAUAAAAAAAGAAGAAAUAGUGAAAAAUCAAAAACAUAUUGAGAAAGUAUCUGAGCAUUUACAAUUAGUUAGUGAGAAUGAGAAACAAAGUCGCGAAAAAGUUAAAAUAUCAAAAGAUCAACUCACAACAUUACAUCGGAAUGUUAGAGAAAAUAGUGAACGAAUUACCCAAUGUGGACAAGCACUACGUCAAGCACGUGAUAAUAUUCACAAUAGCGAAGAUAAAUAUGCUAAUAAUGAAGAACUUCGUAAAGAAACUUAUCAAAAAAUGGAAAAACUUGAACAAGUCAUCACUGAACUCAACAAAUACUAUUGUAAAGAAAAGAUGAGACUUGAUGCAAAAUCAGCUGAAAUCAUCAAGAAAGAGCUAAAAGAACGAAAUAUUCAAGUAAAUGAAAACAAGAAUUCUGUAACAGUUGAUCGAAAAAAUCAAAUUUCAACGUCAACAUUCACUGAAAACAAACUCAAAAAACCUAACUAA